GUUCUCGUUCUCAACCACCACCACCUCACGACCUGCUCAGCAUCCUCCCACCAAAAUACUCAUGGACCGCCCAACACCGCGCAUCAACUCCAAGCGCAUGCAGUACUACGUCGGCCAAGUAGUGCGCAUGACGGGCAAGCUGCUGCGCGUAAACGGCGACACAGCGAUAAUCGAGUCCACCGACGGGGGAAACGUCGAAGUCCGUCUUUCCAGAGACAGUCAUCUUUCUGAUCCUAUAGUAGAGAUCAUCGGGCAUGUAGAGGAUGAACAUACGCUCAAGAUGCUCACUGGGAGCGAUAUGGGGAGCGAUGUUGAUCUGCAGACGUGGGAUACGAUGACCGAGUUGAUGCAUAAGUUUCCCGAGAUAUUUAUGGAGCCCGAUCAGGCCAAGCCGCUCUGAAGAGGGAGCUGGGAACUGUCGAGAUGUUGAGAUGGUUGGUCCUGUCUGCGAGUGCAAGUGCGGGUCGAUGGAUUAUCGCUGGGUCGUGCAGUUGGACAGUGGGGAGGCGGAGGAUGGUAUUCUGGGUGGGAGGAGUGGUGCAUUGGGGAAGGGCGUUGUGCUUGGUUGAGAAUAAGACGACUGUAUGCAGCCAGAACUGUACUCUAG